AUAAAAUGUAAAACGCUGAGCCAAAUAAUCUCGGAGAAGAGGCUGAGAUGGAGAAUGAUGGCAACACAUCCCUCAACAAAGGGGCGUGGAGCGCCGAUGAAGACGCGACGCUAGCCCAAUACGUUGCCCUCCACGGCCCCAAGAGGUGGAAAUGUGUGGCCAUCAAAUCAGGGUUGAACAGGUGUGGUAAGAGCUGCAGGUUGAGAUGGCUCAACUAUCUUAGACCUGAUGUAAAAAGAGGCAACUUUUCUGAUGCUGAAGAGGAUUUGAUUCUUAGAUUGCAUAGGCUCAUAGGAAACAGGUGGUCGUUGAUCGCCAAGAGAAUCCCCGAGCGAACUGACAACGAGAUCAAGAACUACUGGAAUGCUCAUCUGAGGAAGAAAGCAAAGUUAAUGGAGAAGUUACCUGCAAUCUCGCUAGCUGCAAUGAAGGAGAAUCUUUGGAGUGAGGAGGCCAGUAAUGGAACAGAGAGUCAAGAGACGGAAGACAUUGGAGGUGGUAAUGAGGAUGGAGACGACAAUGAAUCCUUCGAUGUCUCAGCCUCCGAAUUGAAUUGGGUUAAACGUUUUCUUGAACUCGAGGAAGAUGUAUGAAUGAUGCAAUAAUAGUCCUGUAGACAGUAGAGUAUGAAUAUUUGAUGUGUAAUUCAAGAUUAGAUGUUCAAAUAAACCAUAAAUGCAGAUUAAUCAA